AUGGAAACAUGCCUGGAGUUGGAGCGAUACCUUCAGACCGAACCGCGGAAGAUCUCUGAGACCUUUGGUGAGGAUUUGGACUGCUUCCUUCAUGCCUCCUCAGCCCCAGAUGCAGAGGACAAUAUCCGACGGCUGGACCCCAUCCUUUUACCAGUGGAGACGAGUACAUGUGACAAAAGCGCCAACAUGGACAUUAUCCUCUCACGGGACAAGCUGCUGUCUGAGACGUGCCUCAGCUUGCAGUCCACCAGCUCUUCCACAGAAGGCUACACAGCCGUCAACCAGGCCCAACUCAAUGCAGUAACCUCAUUAACGCCCCCUUCCUCUCCGGAGCUCAGUCGCCACCUUGUAAAAACCUCACAAACUCUCUCAGCGGUGGAUGGCACAGUGACGUUGAAAUUGGUGGCCAAGAAAACUUCACUCAGCUCUGUGAAAGUGGGUGUAGCAACAGCAACUGCGGGGACGAUAAAAAGCGGGCAAAGUGACAGUGAACAAGGAGGUACAGGGGCAGAAGCAUCCCCAGAAAACAAGAAGAGGGUUCAUCGCUGUCAGUUUAAUGGGUGCCGGAAGGUUUAUACAAAGAGCUCCCACUUAAAGGCUCACCAGAGGACUCAUACAGGUGAGAAGCCUUACAAGUGCUCGUGGGAAGGGUGCGAGUGGCGUUUUGCACGAAGUGACGAGCUCACGAGGCAUUACAGAAAGCACACGGGUGCAAAGCCCUUUAAAUGCAACCAUUGUGACAGGUGUUUUUCCAGGUCUGAUCACCUCGCCCUCCACAUGAAGAGACACAUCUAAAUAUCGGUCAGCUUGGCAUGGAUGUCAUCUGAGCUAAGUGUUGUAAGAUGAAAGUGGAACUCAAGUUACAACGCGCUACCUUGCAGGAGAAGAGAACUUGAUCACGUGUAAUCCUCUGUACAGAGACCACAUGCUCACACUGUCAUGCACCCUGUUAUACUUCAGUACGUACAUCGGUUCUUUAUGCCUUGCCCCAGAUGGAUGCGAGAAGAUGCAGGCGAGGAAUUGGUAUAGAGGUGAAGUCAAUGAGAAGGAACAAUUGCUUACAGUACUUCAUCGCACUUGGAUUUGUUUCCUCUGUUUGCCAACGGAAAUCAAAGAAAACAGAGGAGGCUUCCCUGCAGGUGGAUGGCAGUAGGAGGGGCUUAUUUAACUUGCUUCUCGAUGCAACUCAAUAGGAGAAUAUGUCGUCUUGAAGUUGCAUAUUUGUAGCACUAACUUUCUUUUUAAAUAGAUGGGGGAAAACAAUGACCUAGAAAACCAAAUCCCAGUUUGGUAGCCAAAAUUAACCUCUUGGUUCAUUUGUUCUUUGUCUGAGAAUUCCCAAUGUUCAGUGCGUCAGACUUUUCACAGACACUUUGACCUGUCUUGGUUUUGGUUCUUCUUCCUAGAACUGAGCUAUUGAGAUCCUUUUAAGUCAAUACCAGUGGCCUUAAUGGCAGUAGACUGUGGAGUGACACUUGUGACACAAAUACCCUCUUUUUGGCCUGAGUUUAUGUAGACUUCAUGGAGGACUAUAUUUUUGUUGGUUGUUUUUAUUUUAAUUUUUGUUUUGGCUAUUGCACAACAUAUGCACUAGGGACUCUGGAAGCUGCUGCCAUGAUGGCUAAGUAGCCAAGGGAUGAAUCCCUGAGAAACAGCACCUAAUAUCUCUGUAGGCCUCACCUUAUUGCCAUAGCUAGGACUUCUUGUUUAUUUGUUGAACAAAAAACUUUAAAAGCUUAUUUGGAAGCUUAAACAUUUUUUCUCUUUUCUCCAUGAACAAGUGAUCUUCAGAACUCCUUGUCUUCACCUGGAUAUUGGUCUGGGACUGGCCACACAGGCAUGACUACAGGAUUCCUUCCACAUCAUGUGAGCAUGUUAGCCACAACCCACAGUGACUUAGUGAUGAAUUAUGUUGCUUUUUCUUGCUGUUCUUCUAUUAACCAAUUUAAAACAUUAGACUUUUGUUUGUGUAAAGAGCACCUGCAGACAUUUUAAUUUAAAGCUAAUGUUUGUUGAGCAUCUUACACACAAAAUAAUCCAAGCCAAAAAUCCUGUUCCAGUCUCUGAGUGGGAAAUCAAGAACCUCUUCCAAGUACAAUGGCUCCAUUCAGCAUUAGCCUUUUAAAGAAAUUAUCAAAGUCCUCCUUUUCCAUUCAUCAAUUUAAUGCUGUAGCCCACUCCUAUAUGGAAAAAUAUAACAGUAUGAACAGUGAAGGAAGGGUUGGAUUUUACAUACAGCAGUGGGGCUUUUCCAAAUGAUUGGUCUAAAGUAUUACUAACCUAGAGGUCCAUUUUGGCCUACUGUGUGAACCAUCAAGGAGAAGUGGAGGUCUCAUGCUCAUCCUUCAGUCCUAUUGAUAAUUUGAUUUUGUUGGCUCAAAGUGGAUUAAAGUCUUCAUUACAAAAGAAAACAAAAAAAUGUAUCUUACCAUAACUUGCAUUUGAAACUAUUUGGCACUGGCCCUGACUCCAAAGACUGCAUUUAGGACCAUAAAAAUGGCCUAUGCAAGCAGGCAGGUGGUCAUUAGGUUGUAUAUUUUGUAUAUUCUGGGACCAUCCCUACAAGAUGUGUCUAGAAAUGAAACAAAAUGGCGCGUGGUCCACAAAUGGUUGCUGCUCUUUUAUACUGUAUUAGCCAACUGCCCUUCUUUGACUGUUUUGACUCAUUGACUGUUAAAUAUUUCCCUUAAUUUAUGUUUUGGGAGGUAAAGCUAUACUCUUAAGGGAAAAAAGAACAAACAAGAAACUUGAUAGAUGUUUAAGAGACGUCACCGGGAUCCUUGGCACUUGAAUUCUCAGCAUGUUGCAACCUUUGGUUCCAGUGAGAGAUUGAAUUUAAUCAAAAGAUGCUGUUUUUCCUCACAGUUUUCACAAAACACUGUGACUGUCAACUGAACACUUUGGGGACAGGGGGGAAAUACGAUGUCUGGCCCAUAUGGUAUGAAAUAUGGACCAAAAUCUAACCAUCUUUUAGGGACAAUGAUGUAACAUUUGUGAUAAGAGCAUGACAGAGAGCAAGAGAGAGAGUGAAAGAAAGAAAAGAAAGAAAGACAGAAAGAGAGAGAGAACAAAAACUGAGUUUAUUCCAAAGAUUUAAAACUAACUAUACUCUAUAUGUGUAUAUAUAUAUGCUUAUAUAUAUAUGUAUACAUUUUAAAAUUGCGGAGCACUGCUUGCUGACAAUCUCGUAUUUCUCUACUUCUGUAUUUGCAUACUUUUUAUGGCCAUUCCACCCAGCUGUUCCACUGGGACUGAGGGCCCUAGAAUCCAAUUUGUGUUGGAAUAUAUAGAGCAUCCUGCCAGAUGUCUAAUGGGAACUGAAACCUCAGCUGUGUGAAACUGUAGAGCAUCUAGUCAGUGCAUUUAGACUAAAAAACGGAUAAGAGAAUCCUAGAAUUUCAUUACUGUAGUCUCCUAAAGUGUGUGCUCUCAAACCCACCACUAUGAUAUUCAUUGGCUGUGAACCUGCAUAAAUAUCCUCCUUUGACCUCUUAACACACCUGCCUUUAGACAUGCUAUCAGUAGUCUACAAAACUUAAUAAAGUGACAGUUUAAGCACCAGACUCUUUAAAAUGGAAAAAAAAUCAAGCAAGACUGUUUAUUUACUUCCAGUUGCCAUUCAUGGUCUUGUUGACAUCUUAUUCAAAUAUGGCAGAACAAGGGCCCCAUGGAAAAAAAAACAUGCUGAAAUAUGUGAUUAUUUUGUUGUAGAGGCAGGCCUACAUCUAAAUCAUGGAUCCAGAUUGCCUAAAAAACAUAGAGAAAAGGGGGAUAAGAGACUUAACCAGAUUUCUGAUUUCUCAGGCUCUCUCUGUAGCAGGUCUGGAACUCUGAAGCCAAAUUUUGAGCUUUGGGAUCAUUUUCUAUUUGUAAAGGGAGAUAUUUUUCACCUGUAUACAUGAUGUACUAAGUCAAUCUCUGGACUUCAGUUUUUGGGUGCUCAUAUGCAAGUGUCUUAGUCAUUACUAAAAUUUUGAACCACAGCCAGUAUUUUGUAGAAGGAGUCUCCAUUUUGGAAAGGCAUAAUUAGUGACACAUUCCAGGAUUUGUUUUUUACAAUGACAGAUUUUUUUUCUUUGCAGAUAUUUUAAGCUGUGCACUUCAAAUUUGUGUAAUCUGUUAUAGCUAGAUCCUUUUUGGGCUUGUCUCCUUGCUGAAAUUGUACAGUUGUCCUCUAUUUGUAAACUAUGACUAGAAACAGACUAAUGAGGAAAGGCUAAUCCUCUCUGUAAGGCUUCUUGGAAGCAAACCCGUAAACGGAUGAGUUGGUGACAGUUAUCCAGCUGUAGAAAGGAGAAGCUUAACCUUGUUUCCUUCAUGCUACAUUUAUGCCUAUUUGCAAAAGAGAAGCUGUUAUGAGAAAGUUAGACUGUGGUUUCCAAGGCCAUGGAACUAUAGGUUAAGAACAAAUUGAAACAAGUCCCACAAAACAGAGUACGUAGAAGAAGCAACUAAAGCAAAUGUGAGUUGUUGUGAAGAGCUAAAUAAUAUUUUGCAGCAGGGCAGUCAACCAUAGAGUCAUGCAGGUGGGAAGGGGCCUCCAGAGGCCAUCUUGGCCAACCUCCAACUAGAGCCGAUUGCUCAAGGCUGUAUCCAUCUGGGUUUUAAAUAUCCUCAAAGAUGGAAAUUCUACCAUCUCUCUGUGCGAGCUGGACCAAGUUGACCACCUUAUGGUUAAAAAAAAUAUUUUUCUUAAAUCCAUGUGUCAAGCAGGAAUUUUUCAUGUUCCAACUUGUUUUCAAUGCUUCUUCUACUGUGCACCUCCAAGAAGAAUCUGGCUUCUUCUCUACGCCCUCUGUUGGGUAUUUGUAGACAGCAGUGAUAUCUACCCUUACUCUUCUCUUCCUAAGACUGAACCAUGUCUCUCAGCCUCUCUUCAUCCACCAUGUAUUCCAGAACCUGAUCUGCGUGGUGGCUCUCUGCUAGGCUCACUCCAAUAUGUCAGUAAUUUUCUUGUAGUUCAGAGACCAAACCCAGAAUAUUCCAGAUCAAGACGUUAUUUCAUAUGUCACAGUGUUGAUAUAAUUUAUUUAUUCUGGAUUUUUCCAUUUUCUAACUGAGACAAGCUAUACUCCAUGACAAGAUUCUAUUUUGAAAAGUGAUUUAAGAACAAUCGUUUAGGAAGCACCAGUAUAAAGAGUUUUCUAAUCAGAUUUGCUAAAUCUGUGUAUAAAAAUAUGCUUCUAGAAAUACGCUUUCUAUGCUGCCAGUCUGAGGUCUGGCAAGCAAAAUUCUGUUUUUCCAACACAAUCGUUGCUGGUUUACCUUGAACUAAAAAAAUGUACAGUUUCAGUUAUACUAUAUGAAAUAUGAAGACACAUGGUGUUGUAUUUUAGUCACUUUUUAGACAAAACCAACACUUCAGUGCAUCUUUGUUCUGUUUGGUUUUCUCCUUAAGAGAUAAAAACCCACCUGAAAUACUACAUGUGUUCUAUAAAGGUUGGUCUAACAGAAAAGGGGAUUCCAGGGUCCAAAGUAUUUUUCACUAUCCUAGAGUUGUUCCUUUUUAAUAGCCAGUUCUCAGCCUAAAAAAUUAUAUUACCUGGAUAAAUUGGCAAAUGAAGAAGAGAAGGGACAGAGUGAAAUCCUAGAUUCUUUCAAUGUCUUGGAGCAAUCUGAUCUAACUAAAAUGUUUUUUAAACAGAGGGUUGAAUUAGGUGACAUCCAGAAAAACAUUCAAACAUUAUUUUUUCUGUGUUUCUAUAAUUCAUUUCAGAGUUCUCGCUGAUUAAAUGUGUACUGGUUCCAGUUCUUCCCAGUCUUGUGCUGGUGGAACAGAACUUCAUAAGGUUUCUUCAUGAGGGAGACUUAGGAGGAAAUCUUAAAAUAAACCAAAACCCUUAGCAAACCAGUUUGAAGCAGUAUCAUACCAUGAGAUGUGUCACAGCUGCAGGGACCAACCAGAUACUAUGGAAACAAGUUUGCUGGCCCAAAAAACCCAUGUGAUGUCUCAGAAAUGGUUUCCAGGACCUGAAAUCUAAGGCAACAUAUAUUUUUACAAAGGUGAACAUUAACUUUUUUUAUUUUCAUUCGUUCGUAUUUUCCUCAGGCUUUUUGGAUUUGGGUUUACUGUUUUUUUAGCUAGCACAUUUCCACUUAAUACAUGGAAAGCACUGACCAAACACAGUUGGGGAAGAAGAACCUGAAUGCGAGAGGACCCGCCCAGGUCCUUGCUUUUGAAAGUAUUUUAACUUCAGGAGUAAAAAGAUAACUAAACACUAGGGUGUAUGGCUAACAUGGAGUUGAUCAAUAUGAUACUUGCAGUGAGUGACUGUAUCUUAUCUGUGACCUUUCUGAUAUCUACAGAAUCAGGCUUUUUCCCUCAUUUUUACCUAUCCCUAGACAAUUUGGGCUUUUUAGCUGUCUCCAACACAAAGGUUGCUCCUAAUUAACACAGUUUGUUUAUCUGUGUACAAAAGAGGUCAUAAUUGGUGCUUUUGACAAAGCUGAUGAAAAUCCAACUUGCUUAAGUGUUUCCUUUUCUCUGCCUGUUCCCUCAAUAUGUGUCAAAAUAUUUAAAUUUAAAAAAAAAAAAAAAGAAAAAUUUUGUAAAUAAUUUAAUGUUAUUAGGCCAGCACCCAGUGGAUCAAGGGCUUUUAUUCCUGAUUUCAUUCAGGACUUGGCACAUCCUGUCAUUCCAUCUGGUAAGACUGCUUUUACGCUUUCAUAUCCUGGGUGAUGCCUCUAACCCAACACUCUUCUAAAGUUCUUUUUGCUGAUUUCAGAUAGAAUUGCACUUGCAAAGAUCCCCACAUACCAAGAACAAAACCAAUGCUUGACAAUAACUCUAUUUAACUCUGUUUUGAAAGAUGAAAAUAAUUUCCUCCCAAGAUACUACAACUACUCAUUGACAAAUUUCGCCUGUCUUUCAUUAGCAUUAAAUCUACGCCUUCUUGAAUGAUCAUUCCCAGAUCAGGCUUGGAUAUUCUUCUUCCUUUUGUCACAUAUGUGUCACUUUUUAUUAAUAGUCUAGGGAUGACUACUGCAGUCUUUCUCCUCCACAGCUCUACACUGGCUUCAGUGGCAAGAUUUAGCAUUGUAAGCACUGUAGGAUCUGGCCUACCAGGUACUAAGAUCUGUCUCAUAAAGUUGAGACUUUCUUCCUCCCUUAGAGGAAGAAGCUCAAGUCAUACUCGUGCUAUAUAAGUUAUAUAUAUAAUGAUAUAAUUGUAUAUAUGAAUUAUAUACAUAAAAAUAUUGAGAUGGGGAGUAGGCUGCCUUUAUCACCUCAAGAAUGGGUUUCCCUACCUGAAAACUUGCAAACGCAGGCGUCAUUUUUCGAACAGGGUUUUAUAGUUUUCCUUAAUGCUUGUUAAUGGCAUUUUUUGUGUAAUAAUUGGUUGGAACUCUUUGCAAUUUUCAAAAUGAAAGCGUUGAUGAUUUUUUUUAAGUGCUUUCGUCCUAACUUCUAUAUAUUGCCAGAAAACAGGUUCUCCACCCUAUCUCUGUGGGUGUGGAUGUACAACAGUAUACUGUAUAUACCUACACAGAAGAGGAAACUGAGCUACUGACUUACACUUUGUAGUAGCCAACCGUGCCUAUUGCUUUGAUUUAGGGAGGGCCCUUGCUGUUGCCACUGCGUUUUAGGAAUCAUGUCAGCUUCUCUAGGAAAGUUUUCAACAAUGCUGGAAAAUACAUGUUGCUGUGUACUGUGAAUGAGUAGGCUGCAAAUUUGGGGAGUGGGAGGGGAGGUGGGAAGGGAGGGGGAUGAGGGCUUAGCAUGUACACACUAUAAGUGAACUAGAAUGGACAGAAAGGUGACAAUUUUAGCCUUUAUUGUUGGGCUCUCGGGGAAAUGAAAAGCUAACACGCAGUCCCUGAAAGGCCUGAUGGCUGAAGGGCUGAUCUUUACUUUGUAUCGUGCAACAUACAUUUUACCCGUCACUCUGUAUUUUAAACCCCAGGCCUGUCAGAUUCUGGAAGCAGAUCACAACACUGGUUUAAACACUACUAUGUUACCAAGGCCAUGUCUCUACCAGGAAGUUGCCCUACAUUAAAAUAUCAGUCUAGUUAAAAUCACUUUUUAGCUGCACCUAUUACUUGAUUGCCUGGAUUGAGUUUGCAUUGGCAUGCUAUGCAGUUAAGAUGAAGUGUUAAGAAAUGCUUCAACCAAUUAAGAUACCUCUACAGGAAGGUUCUUGCACAAAUUUAAGUACCUGGUUUUGAAAUCACUGCAUAUAAACCAUGACAACUUUUCUCUUAGAAACAAGGCCUUAGUUUAGCAUGUCAACUCAUCUAGUUGAAAAAAUAAUAAUGCAGGCUGAGAUUUUUUUUCUUACUUUGCAAAGUGGCCUGUUUUCUUUCUUUAUCCUUUGAAACCUUUCUUGCUCUCUACUACACAUUUAGACUUUUGUUUGGGGGAUUUUUUUUUUAGCAACAAUAAAAAACAGUAUGAAUGCUCCCUAUUUAAAAUAAAAGACAACAUUGCUUGAAGGACUUUCAUUUUGCACUAUAAUUUUUCUUUUACCAGAUGUGUCUGACAAGUGCAUUUUGGAGAUGCCCUCGGUCACGUUCUCUCAGGCCUACUCUGGUAUUUCUAAUAUAUCACAGAAGUACCCAAUCUUGUAGCCCUCAGUUCUGCCUUUUUUUGACAUUUUAUUUUUUUUAAGCUUUUUAUAUAUAUAUAUAUAUAUAUAAAUAUAUUACUUUGUCAGUUUUUUUGCUGUACAAAAAGUCUUAAGAUUUAAAAAUAUUAUUUGUAUUAUAUGAUGGUGGUAUGUUAAUGUUACAAAAUUAUUAAUGAAGAAAAAAUUUAUUUUUGUUACUGGUCUGUUUCAUAAUUCUUUUUUAAAUUGGUAUAUUGUAAGAUAUCUAUGCAAAAAUGUUAUGUGACGCAUUUUUAUUUAAGAAUGUAAUAUGUGUAAUAAACAGUAGAAUGUGUUUGG